GUGUCUGGCUGAGCAGGUGCUCUUCACGUAGAGGUGUGAUGCAGCGAUUGCUGUGGGGGGAGGCUGGCUGAGCUACUAAUUGAGCUGGAGACCCAAUGGACAUCUACACCAACGCCGAUAUCAGUUCUGAUUCAACCCAACAUGUGCUGGAGCUGAAACUGAAAGCUCUGAUACUGGACACCAUCCACAACAUCGACAUCACUCGUCUGCUGAUUGGGGCGGGGCCUGAUCUCAGAGACCACACCCACUGGCUCUGGCAGAAACAGCUCAGAAACUACCUCAAAGAUGGCCAUGCUGUGCUGCGUAUGGUAGACGCAGAGUUUGACUACACGUAUGAGUACCAGGGAAAUGCCGGCAAACUGGUCCACACUCCACUCACUGACAAAUGCUACCUCACUCUCACACAAGCCAUGCACAUGGGUCUGGGGGGUAAUCCAUAUGGUCCAGCAGGAACCGGUAAGACUGAGUCAGUGAAAGCUCUGGGAGGCCUGUUUGGAAGACAAGUACUCGUCUUCAACUGUGACGAGGGAAUAGAUGUGAAGAGCAUGGGUCGUAUCUUCAUUGGGAUCAUAAAGUGCGGUGCCUGGGGCUGCUUCGAUGAGUUCAACAGACUGGAGGAGGCGGUGCUGUCUGCUGUCUCGAUGCAGAUCCAGACGAUCCAGGCAGCUCUCAGGGGACGCUCCCCCUCCUGCCUUCUACUGGGCAGAGAGGUGGACCUGAACCCUAACUCUGGGAUAUUCAUCACCAUGAACCCAGCUGGCAAGGGCUACGGAGGGAGACAGAAGCUCCCCGACAACCUGAAGCAGCUGUUCCGACCGGUCGCCAUGUCCCGUCCCGACAACGACCAGAUUGCGGAGGUCAUCCUCUUCUCAGAGGGGUUCAAAGAGGCCAAGACUAUUGGCAGGAAACUGGUGGCCGUCUUCAACCUCUCCAGAGAGAUGCUGUCUCCCCAGCAGCACUAUGACUGGGGUCUCAGAGCCCUCAAGACGGUUCUCAGAGGAGCUGGCUCUCUACUGGACUCGGAGAAGAAAGACCAGCACCAGAACAGAGUGUCAUCGGAGGUGGAGGUGAGGGUGGUGGUCCAAGUACUGAGGCUGAACACUCUCUCGAAGCUGACGUUUGCCGACCGGCAGAGGUUCGACGCCCUGGUCCGCGACGUGUUCACUGGAGUGGAGUUCCGAGAUGUGGAGUACGGGGCUCUGGAGGCAGCUCUGAGGGAGACCAGCAGGGCCAACAACCUGGUCGUCAUUGACAGACAGAUCCACAAGGCACUCGAGCUCUACACACAGCUUCGUCAGAGGAUGGGUGUGGUGAUUGUCGGUCCCUCCGGCUCUGGGAAGACCACAGUCUGGAACCUGCUGAAGACUGCUCUCGUCCACAUGGGCAGCUCCGUCAAACACACAGUCCUCAACCCCAAGGCCAUGCCACGCUCACAGCUGCUAGGUCACAUAGACAUUGACACGAGAGAAUGGACAGACGGUGUCCUCACAUUCUCCGCCAGAGGAGUGGUGAAGGAGCCGUCCUCGGUCCAUUCCUGGAUCGUCUGUGACGGAGACAUCGACCCCGAGUGGAUAGAGUCCCUCAAUUCAGUACUGGACGACAAUCGUCUCCUCACCAUGCCUUCGGGGGAGAGGAUCCAGUUUGGACCAAACGUCAAUUUCCUGUUUGAGUCCCACGACCUCUCCUGUGCCUCCCCUGCCACCAUCUCUCGCAUGGGAAUGAUAUUCAUGAGUGAUGAGGACACUAAUAUCAAGGCUCUGGUGACCGGCUGGCUCCAGUCCCUUCCUCCUUCUCCCUCCCUCUCCUCCCUGGAGGGGUGGAUCGAAGACUACUUCCACCAGGCUCUGGACUGGGUCGUUAGGAGUGGCGACCUUGUCGUCAACACAACUGUAGUGGGUGUGGCCAUGAACGGACUCUCACACCUUGUGGGUGUGGCCAGUAAGGCAGAGUUUGCCUGUGCUCUCGUGAGGGGUCUGGGCGGAAAUCUUCCACUACCCACCAGGGAAAAAUUCGCCAAAGAAGUGUUUCACAUGACGCAUGAGAUUCCUCCAGACUCCAGAAGACUGUUGGACACCUACUAUGACCAUGAAACUGGGAAGCUAGCCACCUACCAACUGGAGUUACCGGACAAUUUGACAUUGUCUGAACUCGCUAGCUCAGGGGCCCUCCCAGUGAUCCGGACUCCAGACCAGCAGCGGAACCAGGACUCCUUCCAGUCCUGGCUCCAUACCAACAACAAACACUCCUUCAUCAUUGUGGGGCCUGAAGGCUGUGGGAAAGAGAUGUUGCUACGUCAUAGUUUUUCAGAGCUGCGGUCGGUGCAGGUGGCUGUCAUCCACUGCAGUGCUCAGACCACUGCCACUCACGUCCUCCAGAAACUGGCUCAGGUCUGUAUGGUGAUAUCGACCAAUACCGGUCGCGUGUAUCGACCGCGAGACUGCGAGAGACUCAUUCUGUUUCUGAAGGACCUCAACCUUCCCAAACCGGACAAGUGGGGCACCAGUCAGCUCAUUGCCUUCCUCCAGCAGGUACUGACCUAUCGAGGGUUCCACGAUCAACAGCUGGAGUGGGUGGGGCUCGAGGGAGUCCAGAUUGUGGGUUCCAUGAACCCUGGCUCCACCCUCGGUCGCUACCCUCUCUCCUCCCGGUUCACCUCCAUCGUCAGGAUCUGCAGCAUUGGGUAUCCAGACCACGACCAGCUUCAGACGGUGUAUGGGACCUACCUCCACCCAGUGCUCCAGAGCUCUCUCUCCUCUCACCCUGUCUGGGGAAACACUUCCAGAGUCCACACCCUAGCAAGCUCUAUGGUCCAUGUGUAUGAGCAGGUUCGUAAGGCCUUCACAGCUGAUGUCCACUCCCACUAUGUCUUCACACCACGAGACCUCACCCACUGGGUCCUCGGACUCCUCAGAUACCCUCUGCAGAAUGACUCCACUUCCACUCCAUUGUUCCUGUUGCACAUGUGGGCGUACGAGGCUCGCCGCAUCUUCAGCGACAGACUAGUCGGAGACAAAGCUCACGACAAGUUCGAGAACAUCUUGUCAUCAGUACUGCAGACUGAUUGGUCUGUAGACCUGGCCAGCACUCCAGAGGCCAAUGAUAGUUUCUAUGUCACUUGGGGCCAUUCACCCUCGACUGCCGAUCUCUCUCUCUCCUUUGGUCGAAAGCUCGGUCGAUUAGCCUGCGCAGACAUGGAAGAAAUGGUCGCCAAAGCCAUCAUAUCUUAUGGUCGUGAACACAUAGAACUCGACAUAUUCCUGUUUCGAGAGGUGUUGGAACACAUGGCGCGAGUGGACAGAGUCCUCACCUCCCCCGGAGGAUCUCUGCUGCUGAGUGGGCAGAGUGGCGUUGGGAGACGGACGGCUGUGCGACUGGUGGCCCACAUGCACCAGCUACAGAUCACCACACCCCACAUCUCCCGCAGCUACACUCUCAAGACCUUCAAGAAUGACCUCAAAAGUGUGAUGCAGGUAGCAGGUGUGGAGGGGAGGGAGGUGGUGUACCUGCUGGAGGACCACCAGGUCUUGGAGUCUACAUACCUGGAGCUGGUCAACAGUCUCCUCAGCUCUGGAGAGGUCCCGGGGCUCUUCUCCCCAGAGGAACUGGAGUCUCUCCUAUCUCCUCUGAGAGACGCCAUGUCAGAGGAAGGCUACAGGGGAACUUUGCUCAGCUACUUUGCCCACCGAGUCAGGACCAACCUACACGUGGUCCUCAUCAUGGAUUCAAAGGCAGAUGAUUUCACAGUCCACUGCAAGGCCAAUCCUGCCUUCUACACUCGUUGUGCCUUCCAGUCCAUGGAGGGGUGGUCCAGUCAGAGCAUGCAGAGGAUCCCCCGACUCUUCCUCCAGAAUGUCGUGGGCAUGAAGCUCCUGAGACAAGCAGAGGUAGCUCAGAGACCCAUCACCGGGGGAGAGGAUUUGGUGAAGACUUUUCUCAAGAUUCAUCAGUCGUGUCUCCCGUCAGGUGGCACACCGCGACGCUACAUCGCAUUCCUCAAGACCUACAAGUCGGUGUAUUCGAAGCACAAAGAGAUCAUAGGUAAGAAACAGACUCGACUACGUGCUGGUGUCUCGAAACUAAACGAAGCAACUUCGCUCGUUGACCAACUGAAACGGAAGGCAGCCAAGCAGCGAACUCUGCUUGCCGAGAAACAGGAGGGAGCAGAUGCAGCCUUGCAGGAGAUAACAGUCAGCAUGCAGAGUGCCACGGACCAGAAGAGAAAGAUGGAGGACCUCACACAGCAAAUGUCUCAAGAGAGAAUCAAACUGGAGAAGAGAAAGAAGGCAAUCGACAUUGAGCUGUCUGAAAUCGAGCCGCUCGUUCGAGAGGCAAAACAGGCAGUGGGUAACAUCAAGCAAGAGACUCUCUGAGAUCAGAGCCCUGCGUGCCCCACCGGAGGUGAUCAGGGACAUUCUAGAGGGAGUCUUGAGAAUCAUGGGUGUCCUGGACACCACCUGGGGCAGCAUGAGGAGCUUCUUGGCUCGCAGGGGAGUCAAGGAAGAGAUAAAGAACUUUGACUCGCGGGCAAUAACUCCCGAGAUAAGAGAGAAUGUGCAAGAGCUCCUCCACACAAAGAAGCACUCUUUCGAGCAAGCCUCAGCCAAGAGGGCCAGUGCUGCUGCCGUUCCCCUCGCUGCGUGGGUCAAAGCAAACGUCCGUUUCUCGUACGUUCUGAAAGAUCGGUCCCCUCGAGGCUGAGCAAGCCGCUCUGAGCCAGAACAUAGAGGCUCAGAGAAGAAGCUGGGAAAGCUGGCGAGAGUCUUGGAAGAACUGGACCAGAACGUCCAGCAGAUGAAGGGUAGGUUCGAGCUGUUGACCACAGAGGCUGCAAAACUUCGCAUUGAAGUGGAAAAAGAAGAAGAGAUCAUUUCGGCAGCUGAGAAACCUGGUCGGUAAACUCAAAGGUGAACAUAGGCGAUGGUCUGACCAGGUUGGGGAGUUGGACGAGGACUUGAAGCAACUUCCAUGGAAAAGUCUUCUUGCAGCAGGGUUCAUAACGUACCUCAGCAAGUCACCAGAGGAUGAGAGGAGAACCAAGAUAGCUGAGUGGGUCGAGACCACAGGACUGGAGUCUUUUAACCUGCGGCAGUUCCUGAGCACAGAGAGUGAGCAGCUCAAGUGGAAAGCCGAAGGUCUUCCGUCGGACGAUGUACAGCAUGGAGAAUGCACUGAUGAUAGUGCAGGGAGAGCUGGUUCCAUUUCUCAUAGACCCUUCCCAGCGAGCAACCGAGUGGCUCAAGACCCAUCUGAAGGACGCGCGGCUGGAGGUCAUCAACCAACAGGACUCUAACUUCACCACAGCUCUGGAGCUGGCCGUGAGGUUUGGGAAGACCCUGGUAAUUCAGGAGGUUGAUGGAGUGGAGCCCUCUUCUCUAUCCUCUCGUCCGUCGAGACCUCGAGAGCCAGGGUCCACGUUUCGUGGUUCAGGUCGGAGAUAAGGUGAUCGACUACAACGAAGACUUCCGUCUGUUUCUAACCACUCGUGACCCUCAACCAGUCAUCCCUCCUGACAUUGACAGUGUCGUGUCAAAGGUCAACUUCACCACAACCAGAGCUGGUCUUAGAGCCCAGCUGCUUGCCUCCACCAUCCAGAAUGAGAAACCUGAUCUUGAACAGAGGAAGACAGAGCUGCUGAAGGCAGAGGAAGAUCUGAAAGUCCAACUGUCAUCUCUCGAGGAAUCUCUCUUGGAAGAACUUGCAUCAGCAGAGGGAAAUAUUCUGGAGAACAAAGCUCUGCUUCACUCUCUCAAUGAGACAAAGGCAAAGAGUUUGACCAUCGCUACUUCCCUUGCAGAAUCACAAGAGCUUCAGGCCUCUCUAGACAAGGAAAGAGACAGUUACCUUCCACUGGCACAGUUUGGUAGCAUGCUGUACUUUGUCAUAAGCGACCUCACGAAACUCAACAACAUGUACAGCUUCAGUCUCUCAUCUUUCCUUCGCCUGUUCCAGAGGGCCCUCCAAGCAAGCAGGACAUCGGAAACACUGAUCUGAGGAUCCGCACACUCACCUCCACCAUGCAGACUCUGGUGUAUGAGUACGUCUGUCGCUCCCUCUUCAAGGCGGACCGUCUCAUGUUUGCGCUCCACCUGGCUCAAGGGAUGCAGCCCCAGUUAUUCCAGCCCAACGAAUGGGAGGCCUUCACCGGCCAGCUGGUUGCAGGCACCAUCCGACGCCAGGAGAGCAUCAAGCAGAUGAAGGAGAGCGCUCCUUCAUGGUGCAGCCAGGAACAGGCCGUGGAGAUCAACCACAUCAAGUCAAACUUCCCCAGCCUCUACUCCAGUCUGGGUCUCCACAAUAGAGACGCCUGGUCGGCCUUUGUGAAGCACCCUCACUGCGAGAGAGAGUUUCCUCAUCUUGCAGUGGGGAAGAUCACCGCCUUCCAGCAGCUGCUGGUGAUCAAGGCACUGCGACCCGAUCGCUUACAGUCGGCCAUGGAGCUGUUUGCCAUGCGGGUUCUCAGCCUCAAGGAGAUGUCUCCAGCCACCCUCAACCUCCGUAGACUCUACGAGGUGGACACUCUGGCCACGGAGCCAGUAUUGGUGAUAAUAUCCCCAGGGGCAGACCCCUCUCAGGAGAUACAGGAGCUGGCAGAGAGUGUGGUGGGAGGGGAGAGAUUUCACCAGGUGGCAAUGGGUCAAGGCCAGGCUGAUGUGGCUCUGCGGCUACUGAGAGACUCCUCCAUCAAUGGAGACUGGCUCUGUCUCAAGAACCUACAUCUUGUCACCAGUUGGCUGCCAUCUCUGGAGAAGGAGCUGAACAGUCUGGAGCCCCACGAGCGGUUCCGACUGUGGCUGACCACAGAGACCCACCCCAAGUUUCCUCCCAUCCUCCUCCAGUCCAGUCUCAAAGUCACCUACGAGGCUCCGCCCGGCGUCAAACGGAACCUCCAGAGGACCUACGAGUCGUGGACCAAGGACUACGUGGAGCAGGGCCACUCUGCCGUCCGGGCCCAGGCUCUGUUUGCCCUGGCAUGGUUCCACGCAGUGGUCCAGGAGCGCCGUAUGCUCAUCCCACAGGGCUGGUCCAAGUUUUACGAGUUUUCUCUCUCUGACCUGAGGGCUGGGGCCAGCAUUAUUGACAGACUCUGUGACACAUCAGAGACUGUUCAGUGGGACUUUAUGCAUGGGCUGAUGGAGAACGCAAUAUACGGAGGUCGUGUUGACAACACUUAUGACAUGCGAGUGCUCACAUCCUACUUGGUGCAGUUCUUCAACAGCACCGUCCUCUCUGGACAUAAUAUGUCUCCACUGAGAGGUGGAGGGAAGGCUCUGCCGUGUGGAUCUCUCCCUGUGUCCCACGUGAGGCGGGACUACCUCUCUCUCAUCUCCUCCCUCCCUGACACUGACAGCCAUGCCCUCUUUGGUCUCCCUGCCAACAUUGAGCAGUCUCUGCAGAGAACCAUUAGCUCCAAGGUUCUGAGUCAGUUGAGAGUUGUAGCCAGAGCAGAGGGCAGUGCCGAGAGAUUUGAUAGGGAGGUGUGGUCUGCCGAACUCUCACCUCUGCUCAACCUCUGGAAGAAACUCAAUCAGGUUACAUCAUACACUUGCAUAUUUCCACUAUUUUCAAUAAUCUACGGUUGUGUGGAAUUCCACCCCCAGGGCUCAGAGUUGAUCACCAAGAAGGUGUCUCCACCAUCAGACAAGCUGGAGUCCCCAGUGCUGGCCUUUGUCUCUCUGGAGAGGUUCAACGCUGUGAGGCUGGUCCAGAAGGUCCACUCCAGUCUGGCCAGUCUCAACAGAGUCCUCAGAGGAUCCUCACUCCUCUCUACUGACGUACACAGACUGGCUGGAGCUCUGCUCAGACAUGAGGUGCCAGUGUCGUGGUUGAGAGAAUGGGAGGGGCCGGAGGAGCCAGCUCUCUACCUGAGGUCUCUGGUGGGCAAGACCCUGGCUCUGGGGGUGUGGGAGGAGAGAGGGAGGGAGGGCAGAGUCCUCCAGGACACUCUGGACCUCUCUGAGCUCUUCCAUCCCGACACCUUCCUCAAUGCACUCAGACAGCAGACUGCCAGAGCAAUGAAGUGUAGCAUGGACAGUCUCAAGUUGGUGUGCUCAUGGAAGCCAACCGGAAUCCCAGCUACUAAACUGUCAAUCAAAAUUGCUGGGGUCCAGUUGGAAGGAUGUUCGUUUGACGGCUCCAAACUCACUGAGAACAGCCAUGAUUCCCCUAGUGUGGUUGCCAUGCCACCAUGCACGGUUGCCUGGGUGACGAGUGAAGCUCCGCCCCCCUACCCCCCAGAGGAGUGUCUCUCGGUGCCAGUGUACCAGAGUGGGAGUCGGGAGAGAUUGGUGACUUGUGUGGAUGUGCAUUGUGGGAGGCAAGGGAGAGAGACUUGGCUACAGAAAAAUCCUGCACUCUUUCUCAAUAACUGAAUGUCUGUGUAAACUAUUGUAUGUCGGCUAGUGUAACUUAUC